AUGUCACAUUGGUUCCAGCUGUACGAUAUCGUGGUUCCCCAACUGCACGCGUUACACUGGGCUCACCACGAGUGCAGCUACCAUCUGUCACCGUACAAGAGCAUACUCCUCACAAAGGACCUCCUGCGCCCAUCCCCAGAAGAGGAGAAGAGGAAGCACAAGAAGUGCCUGGUCCAGAGCCCCAACUCCUCCUUCAUGGACAUGAAGUACUCAGCGUGCUACAAAAUCACCACUGUCUUCAGCCACGCACAAACAGUGGUUUUGUGUGUGGGCUGCUCCACCGUCCUGUGCCAACUGAAAGGAGGAAAAGCAAGGCUUACACAAGGAUGCUCCUUCAGACAGGAGCGGCAGUAAAAGUAACCUAAAUCAACAUGAGUGGGAAACUAUCCCAAUAAACUGAUUUUGGACACAAAAUAAUAAAUAAUAAUAAUAACAAUUAAUAAUAAUAAAGUAAAAACCCUCUCUUGAUUCCAUUUUCCCCUCCAGUUAUGACCCCAACUCAUUCCCUCCCUUCACACAAGAUUAUUUGAAAGAAUACUCAGUCUCCAAUUUAUCUCCUUUCGUACGACCUUCAAUCCACCCCCGUGAGGGAGGGUUUUGCCUCCACCACUCCACCAAAACCGUUCUGGCCACGUAGCAAAUGAGCUCCACAUGCCACAUCAGGGGACAGUUCUCAUCCUGUCAGCAGCAUCUGACAAAGAGCA